GCACGUCUCCCGCGACGCUUUUACCUGUCCUCGACAUCUCUGACCCUCAAUCGCGAGGCGGACAUAGAUUGCACCAUGGCAGCUCCAACACAGGUGGAGCUGGAAGACCCGCUCUUCAAUUUGCGCCUCAGCAUCACAUCCAACAAUGCGCCCAUCCUCGCGACGACGCCGAACCCCACGGGUGCCUCCGACACGGUCACAGAGCUGUCGCAGGCCUCGCACAUCUCCUUCAACGAGCCCACGCUGCACGGCGCGCACCAUAAAACCUUCGAUUUCAACACGCCUACGCGCUACGCACCCGAUGGGAAGCCCGUCGAUCUGCGCAGCAUAUACUUCGCCUGGCUGAACAAAGAUGCCUCGGUCACAGAAUACGUCGCCGCCACCGAGAGGCUGAACGAGGAAUUACCGGGCGGCGCCGGCGGCAGUGUGAUCCAUCUGGGGUUCGCGAACAAAGUUGAGCUGAUCAGUUGGCUGAGCGGAGACGAGGUUGCAAGCGACAAUCUCAAGCCUUUGGAAAGCGUCGCAGCAACCGCCGCGGCCGGCGAUGCUGCAGCGAUUGCAGGCGGGAAGGGCGUGCCGCUCCAGCAAGGCGCGAACGCCGCAGCGGGGCAGACGAUGAUGGAUGCGCGGUUACUCCAAAUCUACGACGGCGAGCGUCGAAUGGGCGACCACAACACGGCGCUCCGGGGCUCCAAGCCCAUUGACUUCUCUUCCUACCGUAAACUCGCGACCUCCUUCCUCCGCUCGCACCCGUCCGCCGCGCAGAAGAAAGAAUCCAUCCCGCAGUCCCUCCCCACCAACAUGAAGAAGCCCGCGCGCCGCAUCGAGCAGCCCAUCAUCCUGCUCUCCCCGUCGGCCUCCUCCCUCCUGCGCAUGUCAAACGUCAAGUCCUUCCUCGAAGAAGGCGUCUUCAUCCCGCCUUCCGCCCUCGACACCUCCUCCAACGCGGCCUCCAACCUCCUCCAGAUGACGCGCGUGCUCCCCUCCAUCGACCCGCGGACCGCCUUCCGCUUCAUCCUCGUCGACGGCACCGCCAUGUUCAAGCCGAACUACUGGUCGCGCGUGGUCGCUGUGUUUACCACGGGCCAGAGCUGGCAGUUCAAGAGCUACAAGUACCCGAAUCCGAUUGAGCUCUUCAGCCACUACCCCGGGUUCUAUGUGGGAUAUGGCGGUGAGGACGAGCCGGAGAAUGUGAAGGCGUGGGGCAGGGGGAUUACGAGUGUGCAGGUGGAUAAGUGGACGGGGAGUGAAAAGGGGAGGUGGAGGGAUCGGGAGCUGGUGGAGAGGAUUUGGGGGCGGAUUGAGGAGGGGAUGAGGAGGGGUGGGUGGACCAAGGAUGGGCCGGGGCUGCAAGGGCAGGGAAGGUAG